UAGUCUAGGUCCAGACUCAGACUCAGAGUCCAGUGGGUUUAGUGGAGUUUAGUUGCGUCCAGUCGAUUGCGUGAUUGCGACUCGCGAGGCUGAUCGUUUUAGACGUGCUCGGUCAGGCGCCGCCUAAGCCAGUCCAAACCAAGGCGACUGCAAACUUGUCCGGUUUCUCGAAAAAAGUUGACAAGUUCGCACGACUCACCUACUUGUCGAUGUCGAUUGUAAAUCAUACAUCGUCUUACAAUUUUAGCAGUAUGCGAUGGAAAACGCAGCUUCUCUGGCAGCUGUCACGCCGCCGUUAACUACGUUGCGAUUAGCCAAAAACCCUAUCGGAUAUAUUUAUCGGGAUAUCGGCUCAUUUUCGUAUCUCCAGCUUAGAAAAAUUCACCCAACGUUAUGGACGGUACUUGCCUUCAUCAAUUCGUCACUACACCCAUCAAAAAUUUUCUCCAGCUACAACGAAUCAAAGAUUUUGCAUUUUUGCAUUCUUGGAAUUCAUCUGGACGUUUGGCAUGUAGCAUCUGUUUAUACGCAAAGUAAUUUAUAUGCAUGCAUAAAUCGAUAAUGUAUUAUCCGAAAUGGUCAGUCAUAUAGUAUUAAUUGUGCUUAUUUCUGUAUAUGAGAGAUCUGAUUACAAGUCGAGGUAUAUAUACAGUGCAUUAUUAUAAUAUGGUAUAUUGUUGUUAAUUAAAGCUGGGUGAACAUUAGCAAUACUUACGUAAAGCUUAUUAGUCAAGUUCUAGCCAUGAUAGCUGCUAAAUGUACAUUACGCAUGUCUUUUGUCACAGCAUGAUUAAGAAAUAUAAAUUCUUCAGUAUGUACAGGUAUAUAGAUACGUAUACAAAAGAAAUUGUACAAAGGACAAAUUGCAUCUUAUAUGUUACAAAGAGAAAAGAAAUUUAAUAAUGUUACGUUUUAAUAUUGACAUCUUAUUAUAGAAUCAACUAAUACUUCAAUUAGCAUAGCUUUUCCAGAAUAAUAACAAUAAAUUCACAAUUUAAUUUUUAAAAUGACUAUUCUGGCAUGAUUUUAUUAAGGUUGAGAAUCAACUAAUUCCAUUAUUGUUAGACUCAGUUUUUCCAUUAAUCUAGCAAUUGUAUAACAUUGAGUUUUGAGCUUAAGAGUGAUUAAAAGUUAUUUGCAUGUAUCGAAAUUUCUAAGUAACAUAAAAACUUUAACGGAAUGCACUAGUGCCGCUUGUAGGAGGAUAAAAGAUCAGUGUCUUUAAACAACGUAUUCUACAUGGACCAUUCUACCAAUAUGAACACACAGAAUGAAAUCCUGUGCUGUAGUGUGGAUUAUAUGAUGGAUUUUCUCUCCUUAAAGUAGUUCAGCAAGCAGGAUAAAGUGGAUGAAUCCGAGAGCGUGUACAAACGAGGCAUAUACUCCUACAUCUAUUGAACAUGUGGCAAAUGUGGCAACUCAUGGAAUAUGGGUUGUACCUUCGGUAAUUGGUGGUAUUGAACUUGUACGACGUUCAGCAACAUGGGCCCAACUUGUUUCUGCUUGCGUAUAUGGCACUUCCUUAAUCCUUGUCUUCGCAGUAUCAACUUUCUUUCACAGUGUACACUACUGCAAUCAUAACAGACAACUGAAAGAUGCGUUGCAUCGUUGCGAUCGUGCUAUGAUUUAUAUUUUCAUAGCAGCUAGUUACUUUCCAUGGUUAAAUAUAGAACACUUCUCAGACAAUGAGCUUUUAUUCGCGAUGCGAUAUGUCGUCUGGAUUAUGGCUAUAAUGGGUAUCCUCUAUCAGCAAAUCUUUCACGAGAGAUAUAAAAUGCUCGAAACUAUUUUCUACGUAGUUAUGGGUAUUGGGCCUAGCGUUGCGAUCCUUAAUGUUUACAACUAUUACAAUAUUACGGAAUUGAAAUUGGGUGGACUAAUAUACGUUCUUGGCUUAGUAUUUUUUAAAUCGGAUGGUCGUAUACCUUGCGCCCACGCAAUCUGGCACCUUUUUGUAGCUGCAGCGGCUGGAUUUCAUUACUACGCGAUUCUGAAUCACGUAUUUCCUGAAAGCGAUUCGACGAGUGUUCUUGGACCAUCUGGCAAUAUGCCACAAUUAUCUAACAUACUAAAGCCUCAUAUAGAGUUAUAGGAGUUGUAUUAGUAUUUUCUACAAUAUUUUUUCCAAAUGCUAAACAUUCUAAAAAGUAGUUUUAAAGGACAACUCUGUAUAUUUCCAUUUUCUGCUAAAGAAAUAUCUUUAAUUCACAAUAUCGGUCAAAAGUAAUGCAUCACUCUUAAAAAUAUAAAUAUAGAAAGCACAAGUAAAUUAUGUUCUUUGUUUUUUCGUUUUCAAAGUAUUCCCUUAGCAAAGCAUAAAAUAAUAGUAUUAAAGGAAAAUUUCACGACAUUGGACAUUAUGGACACCAUUAUCGACAUUGGUGUUUUCUUCAUUAAAGUAACCCAUUUCUUAGUUUUCAAAUGAUGCAAUACUUUUCGCCAGUAGUGUACAUCUAUUCAAAGUUUUUGAUAAGAAUAAAUUGACUUUUCAAUCAUGAUUCAUACACCUAUGUUAGAUGGCUAGAUAUCUCUUCAUAAUUAUUCUAAAUCCAAAUCAGAAAUCAUGUACAUAUAGUGUGUACAUAAAAAAGUAGGGUGAAUUGUAUGUAUUAAAAAGGAAAAGGAAGAUUUUUUACGUACCUGACGACAUACAAGACUCUAUUCAUAAGGUUUGUUUUUUAUUGUUGCAUUGCUGCACUACUGCAAUAAGAAUGAGAAAAAAUAUAUUUGUCUUAUUUUAACUUAUUGCACCAGUGCAGCAGUGCAGGAAUAAAAAACAAACCUACACAUUAUGAUUAUGAACGUGUUAAAUCCCAGGACGAAAAAAAUAAUAGAUAUUACAUUAGCAAAGAUAUUAAUAUGACUCAAUUAUUGUUAAUUACAUGACAAUUUGAAUAUACAUCAAAGAUGUCGAGUAUUAUUAUAAUUACAUCUUUCGUAUACGAUUUAGUAUUCAUUAAUCUCGAUAUUACUCGUAAACAAUGCCAAAUUAUUAUAAGAAAAUUUUAUCAUGCCUGUACUUUUUUAAAUCCAAAUAGAAUAUUUUUGGGAAAGAUAUAAUUUUCUUUUACACUGUAGAAGUUGAUUGAAAAAUCUGUAUAUUAAAAUCUUUACAAAGUGGCGAUGAAUGGAAAUUAAAUUGACUGAAUACACAUCUUUACUAAAAGUGUCUUUCUGUUUGUAGAUGUACUGUGCCAAAAUUAAAUCAAAUUUACAUCUUAUCUAAUGUAAGAUUGCCAAUACAUUGAAACUUUUUUGAAAGAAAGAACGAAAUUAAUUUAUUAUUUGAAUCACAUUAAUCAUAUAUUCUAGUAUGUAAUCAGAAAAAAAGAAAAAAUAUUUUAGUUAAAAUUACUGAGCGUUUUUCAAAAGUAGCAUACUAAAUAAUGAUUGAUAUUUUUAUUGUUACUCGAUAGAAUAUUUCAUUCAAUGAUAUUGAUUAAUAUGUAAUUGAAUGCAAAAUUAAGUUUAGUAAUUACAGUACUUAUUAUGUAAUAAUAAUCAUAAUAUGUUAUGUUAUGUAAUACAUAUCGUUACGUUAUAAUAUAAUUUGUUUAUACAUCUAUAAAUGCAUCUGUAAACAUAUAUUACAAAAAAAUUUAAUUUGUACAUCUUUACAUACAUACAUCAAUUGUAUAUUAAAAAUUGGUAUAUACAAUAAUUUAGGCGAUACCUGCACUUGCGUGUAUGUGUGCGUGCGCAUGUCCGUGUGUGUAAAUAGAAUGUACAGUAUUGACAAUGUAAAAUAUUAUAUGACAGUUUUGUGACGAAGAUAUUAAUUUUUGCGAUGUAUACAUAUAUGUAUUGUGAUAUCGCAAGGAGCAAAGUACAAAGUGAUUAUGAGUUAUUUGUUGUCUAUUUUUAUUGUAUCAUUUGUGGACCAAAGUAUAUUGUGAAAUAAUAACAUAUAACAUUAUUGAUAUAUACAUGCUGACAUGAGUGUAAUAAUUAGUGAGAAUAAAUAAAUUACAUAUUGGUCAAAAA